GUCUCCUCCCUCAUCUCUUCUUGAGCUGUGAAACGCAGGAAGUGUCUGAUUUAGCGACGCAUCACUGUUAAAACAGUCUGUUAAUGUGUCAGUAUGGGGUCCAGUGCACUGCCUCUCAUGCUCUUGCUGAUGUCCUUCAUCCACGCUGGACUCACUCAAGAUUUACCUUCACUGACUGUGACUCCAGACAGUCCUGUAUUCACUGGAGAGACAGUCAACCUUACCUGUGAGAUAAAACCUUAUUACAGUGACUGGAAAUAUGAGUGGUAUAAAGACAACACACACAGCAAUGUAAUGUUACAGUCGUCUGAUCGUUACACUAUAAACAGAGACACUCUCACUAUCAGAGGAGUAAUUACAUCUGAUCAGGAUCAGUACUGGUGUAGAGGACAGAGAGAUGAAGGAACAAUCUCGUCAUAUUCAAGACCUGUUUCUCUCACUGUGGAGGAUUCACCCAGAUCUUCACUGACUGUGACUCCAGACAGUCCUGUAUUCACUGGAGAGACAGUCACUCUGAAGUGUGUGAUUGAGACUUACAGUGACUGGAGACAGAGAAAUGGACUGAGAUAUGACCGAACAUAUGACUGGACACCUGAGUGGAGAUAUGAGUGGUAUAAAGACAGUGUAAUGUUACAGACGCCUGAUCGUUACACUGUAAACAGAGACACUCUCACUAUCAGAGGAGUAAUUACAUCUGAUCAGGGUCAGUACUGGUGUAGAGGACAGAGAGAUGAGAGACCAAACUCAUCACAGGAGAGUAACCGAAUACAUCUGUCUGUUAAUGACUUACCCAAAACUGAACUGACUGUAGAUCCAAAGAGUCCUGUAUUCACUGGAGAGACAGUCACUCUGAAGUGUGUGAUUGAGUCUCACAGUGACUGGAGAUAUGAGUGGUUUAAAGACAGUGUAAUGUUAGAGACGUCUGAUCGUUACAAUGUAAACGGAGACACUCUCACUAUCAGAGGAGUAAUUACAUCUGAUCAGGAUCAGUACUGCUGUAGAGGACAGAUAAGAUCAGUCUCAUCACACACAAGCUCUGUUUCUCUCUCUGUGAUCGAGAGACCAAAAGCUGUAGUGAAGGUGAGUCCAGAUGAGUGUGUGUUCAGAGGAGAGAGAGUCACUCUCACAUGUGACAUACAGAGAGCAGGAGACAUUCAGUGGACAUACAGGUGGUUUAAAGAUGGAAACACUCACAAUCCACACACAAAACAACAACACAACAACAGAGAUCAGGUUCACAGCUGAUUACAGUGCUGUAUACAGCUGUAGAGGAGAGAGAUCAGACUCACGGACAUCACACAUCAGUGCUGCUGUUACACUGACUGUAUCAGAUAAACUGAAGCCGGCUCUGACUGUAAAACCCCAGAGUUCAGUGUUCACUGGAGACAGAGUUACUCUGAGCUGUGAUGUGGACAGUUAACUGGAUGGACAAUUCUCUGGAGAAAAGACUCAAACCCUGAAUCCACGGGUGAUGAAACUAAAACAAUCGAGUCUGUGAGCGUCUCUGAUGAAGGAGAGUACAGGUGCAGAGCACAACGAGGAAACUACUACAGCGAGUUCAGUAAUACAGUUAAGAUUACAGUAAAA